AACAAAUGUCAGCAUAAGCAACAACAGAGCAGGAAUAGGAGAAAGCAGCCAUAAUCGCUCCUGUGACAUGAAAACAACAAAGCACCGCAAUUGGAAUUCACCAUCGCCGUACCUGAGAAAGCCUCUCUGCAACCCGCCAACUCCCCAUCCACGGACAAAUUUCACCAAGAAGCUACGCGGAAAUUCUCUCUCUGUAUCUCCAAGAAGGACGAAGCUCACCUCCUUAACCCCACCAAUAUUCCCGCCUUUCCUUGCUGUCUCUUUCUCCAUUUGGUUCUUAUAAUUUCCCUAUUUGCCAUUUCGGCUUUACGGCAAUCCCAAUCUCAUAUUUUUAUUUCUAUCGUCUGCCCAAUAUGGCAGAACCAAAUCGGUUUAACGGAAUUCGGCGUUCCCAAUUCCGUGGAAUUUUCAAUGGAAUUUGGUUUUCGGUGUUGCUUUUUUUAUUGUACAAUCAGAGGAAUUCUCCUCAGAAUCCGUUUCUCCUUAAUUCGCCUUGGCCUCGUACUCUCACUCAACGAUGGAGCUUGAGAGGCAGGGGAAUUUCUGAAAUUAAUUUUACUACCUCUCUCAAUGACGCGACUUUCGUCCCGCAUACUGAUCCGAAAGUGUGUGCUGGGUUGUUUGAGCACAAGGACUAUAGUAAUCACUGUGAAUAUUUGAUUGCUCACCCUGAGUGCACUUCAGGUGGCUUUUUCAAUUACAUUAGGUUUUUCUAUUGUGAUUGCCAUAAAUUUGCAAUUUUGGGUUAUAUAGUGUUGGGUCUGUGGCUUGUGUCUCUUUUUUAUCUGUUGGGAAAUACUGCCGCGGAUUACUUUUGUUGUUCCUUGGAGAAGCUAUCGAAUCUGUUAAAGUUGCCGCCAACUGUUGCUGGUGUUUCUCUGCUGCCAUUGGGGAAUGGAGCCCCUGAUGUGUUUGCUAGUAUUGCUGCUUUUUCUGGUAAGGAUACAGGGGAAGUGGGUCUCAAUAGUGUCUUAGGGGGAGCCGUUUUUGUUGCUUGUAUUGUUGUAGGUACGGUCUCUCUUUGUGUUGCAGAGAGGAGUAUUCAGAUUGAUAGGACAUGUUUUAUUAGAGAUGUAUGCUUCUUUCUGUUUGCUCUUCUAUCACUUGGUAUAGUUUUGAUUGUUGGUAAGGUGACUGUUGGAGGUGCAAUAGCAUUUGUUUCGAUUUAUUUUAUUUAUGCAUUUGCAGUUGCAGCAAUUGAGAUUUUCAAGAAACACGCCUGGAGAUUGAGAUUGGGUGCUGUAACACCAUUGCUUCAUGUGAAGGAAAGUAUAUUUUCUCGGGGCAGUGAAGAUGAUGAAUCAGUUUAUGCGUCAUUACUGGAGUCUGACUCCAAAAGUGAUGUACCACAUCUCCAAAAUAAGCUGCCUCACUGGAUGUGGGCGUCACAUGUGGCAAUUUAUUCUGAUGGGGUUGUGAAGGAGAGUUCAGAUAGCCCAAAUAAUGAAUGGGGUUGGAAUGAGGUGGAAACAGUGAACGAUCAAUCUUCCUGCUCCUGUUCAAAUUUGUUUUGCUUGCUGGAGAUGCCAUUGACACUCCUGAGAAGAUUGACAAUUCCUAUAGUUGAGGAGGAACGAUGGUCGAAAGCGUAUGCUGUUGCCAGUGCUACAUUGGCACCCAUUCUUCUGGCGCUUUUAUGGAAUACCCGGGAUGAUAUUGGUGUACUGAAUCGGGAAAUUUCAUAUUUCCUUGGUGUUGCUUCUGGUGGUGUCCUUGGUGUCCUUGCAUAUCUGUACACCAGAGCUGAUGAACCGCCACGCAAGUUUCUAUUUCCAUGGGUUCUGGGCGGAUUUUUUAUGAGUAUCAUCUGGUUCUACAUUGUUGCGAAUGAGCUUGUUGCUUUGCUUGUAGCAUUAGGUAUAAUAUUUGGAAUUAAUCCAUCACUCCUUGGCUUAACUGUAUUGGCAUGGGGAAACUCGAUGGGCGAUUUGAUGUCAAAUUUUGGAUUGGCGAUGAAUGGUGGAGACAGCGUGCAAAUUGCAAUGUCAGGGUGCUUUGCAGGCCCUAUGUUCAACACAGUUGUUGGGUUGGGACUGUCAAUGCUACUUGGAGCCUGGUCUAGGAGACCUAAAUCUUAUGAAGUUCCUGAAGAUAGCAGUUUGUUUUAUACAAUGGGAUUUCUUAUGUCAGGGCUUAUUUGGUCACUCAUUGUGUUACCACGGAAUGACAUGCGCCCUAACAAGAUGUUAGGAGUUGGUCUCAUAACAAUCUACUUAAUGUUUCUAGCAUUCAGAUUAAGCACAUCUAUAGGUGAUGAUAUGUCAAUGGAAGGAAUAUCUUGACUUUUAUAUUGUUACAAGCAGAGGCAUUUGAUAUUCUUUAAUCAAUGAAUUCGUAAAUUUUGAUCCUGCCCA